AUGACUAUGUUGUCUUACGAUAGUGCUCCAGAGCAUCUUCUCGCGCUAAAACUACAAAGAGAAAGCAUUCUUCAACCUAAAAAGCCAGUGCAACAACCAAUCGCCGUCGAUAGCAACUGGGAUUUGACUCAUGCUAACGAAGAUCUUUCAACCUUGAACAACUCUAAUCGUUCGAAGGAGAAGACCAAGACGAGACCUGAGCAGCAAACUUCCAGUCAAUUAGAAGCUUCCGGUGUGGAAAGCGGAGAUGAUCCUUCUCGAGAAAAUCCACACCAAACCGUUCAUAUCAAGUCGUCGAACCUACCAAUUCUUUCGCGUAUGUUCCCCAAAAAAGUUGAAGAGUACGCUGCCAAGCCAUUGGAUUGGAGAACUUUUGUUACAGUCAUGGACGACGCCGAAUUUGCAGCAAUGGAGUCUGGUGGCUCUGCUGUUACAUUUCUUAAUACUGUUAAUGGUGGUAGGAUAGUGUUCCACAAGCCACAUCCCACUGCGAAGGUUGAACAAUUUAUGUUGCAGGCGUGGGGAAAACGAUUAGGCCAGUGGUUUGGAUGGACUAGAGAGUCAUUUGUUGUUACAUGA